AUGACGCUGCUCCGGCACAGUCUCGCACGCCUUUUCGGCAAAGGGGCCGUCGCCGUUGCGGCUGUCGGCCUGGUGUCAACGCCUGUAGACAGACGCCAGCUGGCGGUUGAAACUUUGCGUCAAGAGUUGGAUGCGAUCGAUAGGGAACUCAAGGACUGGUGGCUAACCAGAAAGGUGGCGUUGGAGAGGCAUCGGUCUCUCCACGCUAUGUUGAUGCGGCACAACUUUGUGGGGCUUUCGGUAAAUAGCGCAGAGCUGCCAGACGCACAGAGAGCUCUUUGGACCGAUCUCGUGGCUGGACAUCCUAAAUUGGAGGACUCCCUCAGCGUGGAUGCCCGCGAAAUGAAGGCUGACCUCUACAUGAAGAUGCUCAGAGAGGCCGCGGACUUGGAGAGCCCAGUGUAUGCACCAGGUAUUGUCUACUUGCGAUGCUUGAAGGAUAACAGGACUGACACGCAUGCGAACCGCUCCGAGGUUUGUCAGUCCAAAUUCGAGGCCUUCGAUUCGGCAAGGCGCACGCUGCUGACUCAGCAAGAAAAUGCUACAGAAAGGGCAAUGGUCCAACAAAACAUUUCAGAUCUGCGGGCAAAGUCUCUGUUUGAGAGGCGCCUGCACGUCCUGUCUCUUCUUGAAUCUGCAACAGCGGCAACGGCGGCAGCGGCAACGGCGGCAGCGGCAACUGCGGCAGCAAGCAGCAGCAGCAGGAGUUCGACUGGACAGUUCAGUGGCUGUUGGUGCCGCCUCUGCUGCAGCGGCCGCUUUGGACGCAGCAGCAGAGGCUGCCACAGCGGAUUACCCUGCACGGCAGCAACAGCUGCUGCUGCAGGCGUGCUGCCCCUCUUGCUGCUCCUCGAUGUGGCUUCAUGGGGAGCUCUCUCAGCGACCAGCAGGACUGCCUUGUGGGCGCUAUCUAUGUGCCGUCGAAGGCAGAGCUGCAUGCUGCUGCUGCUGCUGCAGCAGCAGCAGCAGCUGCCCUUGUGGAGGGGCAGGGAGCCUUACUGCUGCUCCUUCCCGGAGGGGCCUCUGCUGAGCAGUGCAAGCGGCCGGCAACUGCAACUGCAGCAGCAGCAGCAACAGCAGCUGCUGCUGUAUGACGAGCGGCAGGAGUAUCAAGUGCAGAGCAGGCGUGCCCGCCCCCAGCCUGGCUUGCCCAUCGCUGCUGGCGUAUCAGCAGCCGUUGCACUGUCAGAGAAGAGUGUAGGCAGCUGUCUCGUCAUCGGAUGCAGCCGCAACGGCAUUCAGCAGCAGCGUCUCACGUGUGCUGCCGCUGCGGAGGCGCUAUUGCAGGCUGGCGGCCGUCUCGUGUCUGCACCGCUGUCUGCGGAAGGGGCUUUGCGUCAGCAGCUGAGCGCUGCCAGGGGUUGGAGCAGUAGACCCCCCUUGCUGCAUCAGACUUUCCUCACGCAGCCUGUCGCGUCAGAUUCAGGAGCAGAUACAGGAGCAGCAGAAGACGCUCCUGCAGCGGGAUACGCGCCAGCUUCGCCGCUGCUCUUCAUGUGCUGCAUUGGACGAAACGAUACAGGUGACGGAGUGCUUUGCAGCAGCAGCAGCUUGCCAGCGGCGUCGCCGCUGCUCCUCUCCAUAGACGCGGCCAACACGUGCUGCCUGUUCUCGCUUUCUGGAAGACUGGAGCUGCAGCCUAAACUCCGACGCUGCCUCCGACUUACACCCCUUAUGAGCCGUAACACCCCCCCCUGGGGGCUCCCUCUGCACCAGCACGUCUCCCGCUGCUGGACUUCCACAGUGAUGCGAAUCCACAGCAGCUCCAGCAGCUACGGCGGCAGCAGCAUGACGAGCAGCAAGCUGCUAGCCGGGCAGCAGGCAAGGCCUGCGUUGCAUCCUUACCUCGCGGAGUCGGGUGCCUCCUCGCCAGCAGUCGUGGCGCUCUAUGACGUGCAGCACGAGGUGUGCUGGGACGGGGACGACAGCAGCAGCUGCAGCAGCUGCAGCAGCUGCAGUGGCUGCAGCAGCAGAAGCAGCUCCAGCGAAACGCAUCUUCCAGAGGUCCUUAGACCGCAAAACGAACUAGAACUUCCCCGGAGUAGUGGCAGCUUUGUUGUCGAUCUUAGCCCGCUGGACGGUUCCGCGCUACUGCUGCAGCAACAGCAGCAGCAUCAGCAGCAAUACGGCGUUCUGGUAUCCUCUGGAGCUGUUUGCAUCGUGGAUGCGCAUCGCAUGCAGUGCAUAAAUCGUAUGGACUUGCCGCGCUCGCUCUCCGCGUCCACAGCCUCAACAACCGUAGCGACACCUGCGGCAACACCUGCAGCAGCAGCUGCAACAACAGCAGCACCAGGCAGUUGGGCAAGACGCCUACUCCCCCUUUCCAGAGCAACGCAGGUAGUGGUGCUGCCUAGAGAACUGCGCAUCGCGGAUGCGCGCAUCCCCAAUCUGAUUAGGGCAGCCUCGCUGCAGCCACAGCCAGAGCAACACUACCCCGCCUCUCUGGAGGAAGAGCUGGUGGUCGCUGCAGAUAUCAUUGGAGAGACGCUAGCAGGCCUUUCGGAAAGGGGCACUGUCUUACUUUUGGAUUUGCGGAAUUCGUCGCGCAUGCGAUGUUUGGCAGCCCCGCCGGUGCAAUCCUUAAGGACAGCGCGCGGGGAUGGAUCUCUCGCGCCUUCUUUUUAUUAUCCUCCGGGACCGUACAGUGCCAUUCCGCCUUCCGUCCUUACGCUGCGGAAGUUCAGAAGCGACAGCAGAUCGGGCAGCAGCACGAGUUCCCCCGCCUCGUGCAGCACAGCAGACACAGGCGGAGAGAUACACCCGACGCCCAUCCCCUCGUACCGCGCUGCGUUGGAAUCUUCUGCUGUUACCGCAGGAGCAGCAGCAGCAAGAGCAGCAGCAGCAUCUAAGCGUUCGCAGCUACAAAAGGGCGCAGUGUCUGGGAGUGCGGCUCUCCAGUGUCUCUUGCAGCAGCAGCAGCAGUCAGUGGCUCUGCAGAGAGGCAUCUGCGUCUCUUCUGCGGGGAUACGAAGUCUGCAGUCACCUGGAAGAAGGCAUGUCUCCGAAGUUGGGGCAGACGGCGUCGUGCACUUCUGGCAUUGGGGAGCGUCACGCCCCUGGCUUUCUUGGGUUGUAGAGGCAGCAGACUGCCCUUCCCCCGCAACUCCAGGCUAUGGUGCGUGCAAAGCAUUUUCUUGUCGCGUUGCUGCAGCUUCUGUGGGGUCGCCUGCUGAUGCGGGCAGCGAGCAGGGAAGGCGCAGUGGAGUGGGGAGGGGAGGGGAAGGGCUGUAUUUUCCGAGACAUGCAUGUGCAUCGGUGGACGCUACUGAUGCUGCUACUGCUGCUGCUGCUGCUGCUACUGAUGCUGCUACUAGGCGGCCGUGCACAACACGAGCCGCUGCAGCAACGGCCAGCCAGCGCAAUAGGCCAGUGCGUACUGCCCAUUUCGUGUCGUGA